AUGGCCGCUGCAAUCAAAGCGAUCAAUGCAAAGAUCCGGUCCAACAAGGUCGCGGACUAUAUCUGCUCGACCCAUUUCUGGGGCCCCGUCUCCAACUUCGGUAUCCCCGUUGCCGCUGUGAUGGACACACAGAAAGACCCGGAACUCAUCUCCGGCCAAAUGACCGGCGCCCUGGUUAUCUACUCCGCUACCUUCGCGCGUUACGCUCUCGCCGUCUCUCCUGCCAACUACCUCCUCUUCGCCUGCCACGCCAUCAACUUCUCCGCUCAGUCUACCCAGGGAUACCGCUAUUUGAACUACUGGAACUGGGGAGGCCGUGAAGCUGCACUUGCUGCGCAGGGUGCGGAGAAGGGCAAAGAUGUUACUGAAGCGGGUGCAUAA